AUGGGCUGCAUUAACUCAGUACCAAACCAAGUGGGACAGACGUUUGAUCCAGUCAUCGUGAGCGAAGAUGCCGUCGAACGGAAGAUGAGCGUUCUCCUGCGUGAAAAGCGCAACGCGGCAUCACGCCGUGGUGACAUUUUCGGCGAGAGCGUGCAGUUCGACACGCCACUAGAACUCAAGAGUGUGGCGAAAUCGUCCGAAUCCACCAACAUCAUUCGGCAGGCUUUACUCAACAACUUCCUCUUCUACACAAUCGGUCACAGCGACAUCGACUCCAUCGUGGAUUUCAUGACAGAGAAAUCUACCGUAGCUGGCGACGUAGUCAUCAGCGAAGGCAACCACGGCGACUUCUUUUAUGUCGUCGAGACCGGCUUGUUCUCUGUCUCAGUGCGCGGAAACGUUGUCAACAGUGUACAACGAGGUGCCACCUUCGGAGAGCUGGCGUUGGUGUACAAUUGUCCACGCACUGCCAGUGUGACCUGCUCACAACCAGGUCGUCUUUGGGCACUCGACCGCGUCACGUUCCGCCGACUAGUAGCUCGCAUCCAGUCGGAGCAGAUCGGCGAGUGCAAGAGCGCUCUUCGUAACGUCUCAAUACUCCACGCGUUGACCGAUACCCAGCUGAAUCAACUCGCUGAAGCAGCUCAAUUCGUCAAGUUCACAAAAGGAGAUCGCAUCAUCAAGAAAGGUGAACGGGGUAAUGUCUUGUAUAUCAUCAAGAGCGGUGCAGUCAUCUGUACUGACGUGGGGGACAGUCACCGCAUGGAGUCGGUGCGUCUGACCGAGAACGAUUACUUCGGAGAGCGUGCGCUCAUGACACUGGAGCCUCGUGCUGCUAACGUGACAGCAGAAACGGAUGUGACUCUCAUUGCACUCGAUCGCCAAGCGUUCGAUGAUCAACUGGGAAGUCUCCGAGAAGUGAUAGACCGCAACAUGAGCAUGCGAGUGCUGCAGUCCAUUCCGAUGCUGAAAAUCCUCUCGACUUCAGAAAAAGAGAAGCUCUUCCUCGCACUGGAGCCAAUUACGUUCACUGACGGGGAGUUCGUGAUCAAGGAAGGUGACAACGGCACCGCAUUUUACAUUAUCAAGAGCGGAUCUGCACUCGUCGUGAAGUCGGUCUCCAACACUGACGAUAACGGAGAAGUAACCACGGAAAAGAGGCAGGUGGCCACUUUAUCCACCGGAAACUUCUUUGGUGAGAUGUCGCUACUGCACGGUGAGCCACGACAAGCCGAUGUUAUCGCUAAUGGCCAUUUGGAGUGUCUUUCACUUGAUCAAGGCAAAUUUGUGGAGCUUCUAGGUCCCAUUCAGGAGAUCUUGAAUCGCGAGGCUGAGGAACGCAGGAACGCCUUGAAAAUGCAAGAGCAAAAGCAGAUCAAACUGGAUGACCUUGAAGUACUUCGCACACUGGGAUCGGGUACAUUUGGUCGCGUCAAGUUGGUACGACAUAAAACCACAGGCGUAGCAUACGCACUCAAAGUGCUCAACAAAGCGUCUGUUGUAGCCUACAAGCAGCAAAGGAACGUGGUGAACGAGAAGUCAGUGAUGACACAAUGCAAUCACCCCUUCCUGCUCAAGUUGUACACGACGUACAAGGACGCAGCUCGACUUUACCUGUUGAUUGAGUUUGUGCAAGGUGGAGAGUUGUUCACGUACUUGCACUCGACCCCGUCGUCUCCUGGUCGGAUUCCAAACGACCACGCUCGAUUCUACGCCAGUCACGUGCUUAUGGCACUGGAGUAUCUUCACGAACGCUGCAUUGUUUAUCGCGACUUGAAGCCCGAAAAUCUGCUUAUCGACCCGCUGGGAUACCUUAAAGUCGUGGAUUUCGGCUUCGCGAAGGUAGUAGAUGACCGGACAUACACUCUAUGCGGUACAACCGAGUACCUCGCUCCUGAGUUGGUGCUGGGCAAAGGCCACAACCGUGGUGUCGACUACUGGGCGCUGGGAAUCCUCAUCUACGAAAUGGUUGUGGGCCAUUCGCCAUUUGCAGGCUCCAGCCAAGUUGAUCAGAUGCAGAUAUGUCGAAAUAUCGUCAAAGAGAAGGUUGAAUUCCCCAGUUACGUGAGUUCCUCUUGCCGCGACAUCAUCUCGAAGCUGCUGGAGCGAGAUCCUACUAAGCGACUUGGUAUGACGCACGGUGGUGCACGUGCCAUCCGUUCGCACGCCUGGUUCGCGAAGCUGGACUGGGAUGCCAUGCUGCAGAAGAAAGUCAACGCCCCGUAUAAACCCAAGCUCGCCGACGCUGCCGAUGCCUCCAGAUUCGAGAAAAUCAAGGAGUCCGAAGAGGAAGCUCCAGUCUACAAGUCAGACGGUCACGAAUGGGACAAAGACUUCUAG